GCCUUCCCCGCCCGCCGGCACAGCGCGGGACGGAGGAGCGGCGGCCCCGCGGUGGAUGCGGGAGCAGCGCCGGCUCAGGAAUGCAGCAGCCGGGCGGCGCGGACGGGAGCCUCCCGCUGCUGCUCCCGCUGCUGCUGCUGCUGAGGGCGGGCAGCCGCGCCGAGCCCGGGGACGCCACGCAAGGAGCAAAUUCCUCAGUUGUUGCCGAUUUCAUGCCCACCUCRUCAUGGAACAUCUCGAGUGAAUUAGAUAAAGAUUAUUUCCUGACGCUGGACGAGCCCAUGAACAACAUCACCACCACGCUGGGCCAGACGGCKGAGCUGCACUGCAAAGUGUCGGGGAACCCUCCUCCCACGGUGCGCUGGCUCAAGAACGACGCUCCCGUGGUGCAGGAGCCGCGCAGGAUCUCCUUCCGAGCCACCCCCUACGGCUCCCGCCUGCGCAUCCGCAACCUGGACACCACCGACACCGGCUACUUCCAGUGCGUGGCCACCAACGGCAGGAGGACAGUGUCCACCACCGGGGUGCUCUUUGUCAAAUUCGGUCCCCCGCCAACAGCAAGCCCRGGAUCCUCGGAUGAGUACGAGGAGGAUGGGUUUUGCCAGCCUUACAGGGGCAUCGCCUGCGCCCGCUUCAUUGGGAACAGGACCAUCUACAUGGAGUCCCUGCACAUGCAGGGUGAGAUAGAAAAUCAGAUCACAGCUGCCUUCACCAUGAUCGGCACGUCCAGCCAUUUGUCGGACAAGUGCUCGCAGUUCGCCAUCCCUUCGCUGUGCCACUACGCCUUCCCCUACUGCGACGAGACCUCGGCCGCCCCCAAACCGCGCGAUCUGUGCCGCGACGAGUGCGAGAUCCUGGAGAACGUCCUGUGCCAGACCGAGUACAUCUUCGCCAGGUCCAACCCCAUGAUCCUCAUGAGGCUGAAGCUGCCCAACUGCGAGGAUCUGCCCCAGCCCGACAGCCCCGAGGCCGUCAACUGCAUCCGCAUCGGGAUCCCCAUGGCCGAUCCCAUUAAUAAAAAUCACAAGUGCUACAACAGCACGGGCGCAGAUUACCGGGGCACGGUGAGCGUGACGCGCUCGGGGCGCCAGUGCCAGCCCUGGAACUCGCAGUACCCGCACACSCACAGCUUCACGGCCGCGCGCUACCCCGAGCUCAACGGGGGCCACUCCUACUGCAGGAACCCCGGCAACCACAAGGACGGCCCCUGGUGCUUCACCCUGGACGAGAACUUCAAAUCGGAGCUCUGCGACGUCCCGGCCUGCGGUAACGGCAGUAAAGCCAAGGAGCUGCCCCUCUCCGCCGUCCGCUUCAUGGAGGAGCUCGGCGAAUGCGCCUUYGGCAAAAUCUACAAGGGCCACCUGUACCUGCCGGGCAUGGACCACGCCCAGCUCGUGGCCAUCAAAACCCUCAAGGAUUUCAACAACCCUCAGCAAUGGGCUGAGUUCCAGCAGGAGGCGGCGCUGAUGGCCGAGCUGCAGCACCCCAACAUCGUGUGCCUGCUGGGCGUGGUGACGCAGGAGCAGCCCGUGUGCCUCCUGUUCGAGUUCACCAACCAGGGCGACCUGCACGAGUUCCUGGUGAUGCGUUCCCCGCACUCGGACGUGGGCUGCAGCAGCGACGAGGACGGCACGGUSAAAUCCAGCCUGGACCACGGCGAUUUCCUGCACAUCGCGGCGCAGAUCGCCGCCGGCAUGGAGUACCUGGCCGGCCACUUCUUCGUGCACAAGGACCUGGCCGCCCGCAACGUGCUGGUCGGGGAGCAGCUGCACGUGAAGAUCUCGGACCUGGGGCUGUCCAGGGAGAUCUACUCGGCCGAUUACUACCGCGUGCAGAACAAGUCGCUGCUGCCCAUCCGCUGGAUGCCCCCCGAGGCCAUCAUGUACGGCAAGUUCUCCUCCGACUCCGACAUCUGGUCCUUCGGGGUGGUGCUGUGGGAGAUCUUCAGCUUCGGCCUGCAGCCCUACUAUGGCUUCAGCAACCAGGAGGUGAUCGAGAUGAUCCGGAAGCGGCAGCUGCUGCCGUGUUCCGAGGACUGUCCCCCGCGCAUGUACGGGCUGAUGACGGAGUGCUGGCACGAGCUGCCCUCCCGCCGGCCGCGCUUCAAGGAGAUCCACGCUCGGCUGCGCUCCUGGGAGGGCCUGUCCAGCCACACCAGCUCCACCACGCCGUCCGGGGGCAACGCCACCACGCAGACCACGUCGCUGAGCGCCAGCCCCGUCAGCAACCUCAGCAACCCCCGCUACCCCAACUACCUGUUCCCGGCGCAGGGCAUCCCGCAGGGCCAGCUGGCCGGCUUUAUGGGGCCCCCCCUGCCCCAGGGCCAGCGCUACAUCCCCAUCAACGGCUACCCCAUCCCGCCGGGCUACGCCGCCUUCCCSGCGCCCCACUACGCCCCGCAGGGCCCGCCCAGGGUCAUCCAGCACUGCCCCCCGCCCAAGAGCCGCUCGCCCAGCAGCGCCAGCGGCUCCACCAGCACGGGCCACGUCACCAGCCUGCCCUCGUCGGGGUCCAACCAGGAGGCAAACAUUCCCUUGCUGUCCCACAUGGCCAUCCCCAGCCACCCRGCGGGCAUGGGCAUGGCCGUGUUCGGCAACAAAACUCAGAAACCCUACAAAAUGGACUCCAAGCAAUCCUCCCUGCUGGGAGACUCCAGCAUCCACGGACCCAACGACUCCAUGAUUUCGGCGGAAUUGUAAAUAYGCGAGGAGGCGUUUGUACAUAGAGCCCGGAGUGGGAGGGAAGAUUUUUCUAUUCGAAUAUUUUAUUAAAGAUCCUUAAAUUCUGGUUGCAGGACAGACAUUGCAGCAAAGUACCUUCUGUGAAGUUUCACUGCUCAUGGGGCGGGCACAACUGGACGGAUCCUCGCGGUGGGAAUCUCAACCUCGGCCGUGAUUCUCCAAGUGCCGCCAACAAAUCAAAGACGGGAAGAGGGAAUUUGGAAUUUUUUUUUAAAUAAAAACAUUCUAUCCAACGCUUUUUCACAGCUUUUUAAACCUCCGGCGUGGUUUAAAUCACAGGAACUUCUUUUUGAUACUGAAAAUCCAUAUUUUAAUAUUUGUCUCUUUUUUUAGGAGAUGCAAAGAUUCGGAGAUCUGGGUGUGMAAUUUCGGUGCCAAUAGGGAGAAUAUUUGUAAAUGUUGCAGUCUUGGAUUGUGUUUCAAAGAUGUGAUCUGAGAGCUGAGUAAAUUACUUCAGGUGGGAUUUUUUUUUGGUUUAGUUGGGAGUCUGAGCUCAGAUUCAGACCAAAAAAUGUCAUUUAUGUGACAGCACGAAUGCUCAAGUUAUUAACUUGCAUCUACAAACCUCAUGUGCUGCUGAGGACAGCUGGAGUUUCAAGGAAUUGCCUUAAAGGAAAUGAAAUUAAAGGGCUUUAAUUUCAGAACCUGAAUCGACUUCUUCAAAGAUAAAACGUUUCACGAUCGAGUCGCUCAAGCAGGAAUUUUCUAUCCUUUUGUUGCUAUGCAACUGUGUAAUGGAAAAGCUCCAAAGCGCGAUUUUUUAUGGAUGACAAUCAGUUUUCCCGGGAAUAUUUAUUGUGCCGUUUCGGUGACUCUGRCCCCCGGCAAAAGGGAGGCUCACAUUCCGUCAGGCAGCAGCGCCCAKCGAUAGCGAUCGUGUCCGAUAAUGUGAAUUAGCGCCCAUUUUCCACGAUUUYGCCAAUCGUGUCGUUGAAACCCCUUUUUUGGGUAGAACCAACCGAGAUUUUUCAUUUGAAACCACUUUAACGAGUCACACGCGUGCUGGCUACGGUACAUUUCCCACGGACUCUGCUUUUUUUUUGUACUGAAGAAUAUUUUUAUUGUCUGCCAAACCAACCUUUCGCUCGGUCGACAAUGUUGUAUAAUAGGACUUUAUUUUUAUCUUUUUUGCACAAAAGUGUGAUGAGGAUGGGUUUGUUUUUUUUUUUUUUUUUUUGUACAGCAGAAGUGAAAAUACAUCUCUGCAUUUUCUAUCUUGGGCUGUUUCUUUCGAUUUUUACCCCGAUGUAGAUGUUCCUGAAAUAUAUUAUGGUGAUACUCGGCCACUACUUUAUCCAAAUAUCUUUCUUUGUUUUCACUGCAUGCGUUUAAUCACUGUAUUCCUUGAUGAUUGAGUUAUUAAUUGCGGGCAUUUCAAUUAGGCGAGCAUGGAAAAGAUGUAACAACAAAGGCUAUUUUAUAAGUGAGACCUGUGCGUUUUUGUAUUCCACGUGCCAGAGAUGAUAUUAAACACUGAUUAUUUUAUGCUGCUGUUUAUUAAAACAUUGUUUUGCCAUCAACACGUCAGAAUUUCCUCCAU